AGUGUGCAUCAAUAAAGAAACAGCUGGCUGGAGUCAGGGACUGGGCUAUGUGCUCGGGCACCGGAGGCUGGGCCUCUCCAACUCCCCACGAAGCGCAGGUGGCCCCAGGGAUGGGUCCGCGGCCGCGAGGUACAUUGUUGCUGUGAAAAGAAUUGAUCAUGUCAGAAUGAAAAGAAGCUCUCUGUGCAGACUGCUAUCUGUGGCAUCUUUGAAGAAAAGAAAAUAGUGUUCAAUUCUGUCGGGCUCUUUUUUGAAUCAAGCUAUGGUGAAAAAUGUUUCAGAAAGGCAAAAAGCGACACAGUAGUAGCAGUUCCCAAAGCAGUGAGAUCAGUACCAAGAGCAAGUCUGUGGAUUCUAGCCUUCGGGGUCUUUCACGAUCCAGCACUGUGGCCAACCUUGAUACCAAUUCUACCAAAAGCUCAGGACAAAGCAACAACAAUUCAGAUACCUGUGCAGAAUUUCGAAUAAAAUAUGUGGCUGCCAUUGAGAAGAUGAAACUGUCUGAGGGGAAAGGUCUGGAAGGGGCACUAGACCUGAUAAAUUACAUAGAUGUUGCCCAGCAAGACGGAAAGUUGCCUUUUGUUCCUAUGGAAGAAGAAUUUAUUAUGAGAGUUUCCAAGUAUGGUAUAAAAGAAUCAACAUCGGAUCAGUAUGAUGUCUUGCACAGGCAUGCUCUAUAUUUAAUCAUCCGGAUGGUGUGUUAUGAUGAUGGUCUGGGGGCAGGAAAAAGCUUAUUGGCACUGAAGACCACAGAUGCAAGCAAUGAAGAAUACAGCCUGUGGGUUUAUCAGUGCAAUAGCCUGGAACAGGCACAAGCAAUUUGCAAAGUUUUAUCUACUGCUUUUGACUCCGUAUUAACAUCUGAGAAAUCUUGAAUUCUGCAAUCAAGUGGAAAUCAACUUCAUCUGAAAGCUCAGCUGGGUUUUGUUUUUUUUUAGCUCAGCUGUUUUCAA